UCUUUUUUUUUACACUGAUUGUUUUUACACCCAUAAAGGCUGUAAAAGCAAUCAUUUCUCCUUCUCUUUGGCUGCAUUCUUGCAGCCAUUGAGAAAUACUGUGUGAGCUGUGAUUGGUCACAGCUUGUCACAUGGUACAAGGCUGUUAUUUCACACUAGGUGACAUCUUGCUUACUACUCUGCAUGUGAUCACUGAUUGGCCAAUCAGUGAUCACAUGAUCGGGACCUCACACAGAGGUCCCAUACAACGA